UCUGACCUGUUUACCAGUAUAAACAUAUGGUCCUGGAACAACGACCAUUCGCAUAAACGCAAGCUCACGGCCAACGGUGUAGGGAGUUCUCGCCAGGGGCACGAUGUAAACAACAUGGCGUCUCCAGAAGGAAAACAAGUGCGGAAAAGAAAAACUACAGAUGUAGAUGAAGACAGUUUAGUGAUCAGAGCUUUCCGAGAGUUUCAAGUCCAGCUGGACAAAAGGCACGAUAAAUAUGAGCGAUUAGUCAAGCUGAGCAGAGAUGUCACCAUCGAAAGCAAGAGGACCAUCUUCAUGUUGCACAGAGUUACAGGAAAUGAGGACUCUGAGAGUCUCCUCUCUCAAACUCUUGAAAAACUGAACAAUAUUAAGCUGAUAAAGAUGAUGAAGAUAUCGGAGGAGUUAGAAGGAGAAGACCCAUACCAGUUCCUACGUGCUUACUCCCCAGGUCUUCAGGAGUUCAUUGAAGCUGUGACCUUCUACCACUACCUGCACAGUGGAUCCCUGGUCAGUCUUCAACAGAUUCAGGACAACCUGACCUUCGCCCCUCCUGAUCCAGCCGCGGCACAAGUGGCAGAUCCGCUGACAGCCCCGAAUGUGAGAAGGGAGGUAACUGUGCGAGUCCACGUACCUCCCCUGGAGUACAUGCUGGGUGUGGCAGACCUGACCGGGGAACUCAUGAGGCUGACUAUAAAUAGUGUCGGAGCUGGUGACUUGCAGCUGCCAUUCAAAGUUUGUGCUUUUAUGCGACGCAUACACGAUGCGUUUCUCUCCUACGGGAAUGUUUCCCGGGAACUUAAUAGAAAAAUGUCCACGCUCAGACAGAGCUUGCACAAAGUUGAGAAUGCGUGUUACACCAUUCAAGUGCGUGGCUCAGAGAUCCCGAAACAUCUGAUCGCUGAUGUCCUCAGUGGGACCUCCGAGUGCAGCAGUAGGUUUCAGGAUGAAGCUUGUGAUGUAUAGUGUCCAUUUUGUAAUAAAUACAUCAAUAAAUUCAUCAUAUGUAAUUCACAUGAAUAAACUGUCCCUGUAAACAUCAGCUGCAAAUCACAUUGGAAAUAAUUCACUUUCUCAGAUGGACGUAUAUUCCAGCCAUAUGAUGGUGGUCUGUAGAUGGUUGUGAGAUUUGAUGAAAUAAUAAAGUAUUUGACAUCACUGAGCUCUCUGCCACUAAA